GAAUGUUGAAGCACAUCAGAAUACUUUCGUUUUGGGGUCUGAUGACGCUGGUCGCGUCCGGGGCAGUUCGAAACGACGCCCGGCCAACAUCAGGCUCAUUAGUCAAAUUCGAAGACCAGCAACAACAAGCCGCCGAGGAAAAAGUGAUGAGUCCCUACGGCACGUCCGGCGGCGUUUCGUCGGCCCCGAUGAAAACCGUUUACAAGCCCAUGAAGUUUGACGGCUCCUCCGGCGGCGCCGCUGCCGCGGCUUCGGCCAAUUACCCGUACAACUAUGAAGAGGCGGCGCCGGCCAGCACCUUCCACGCAGCCACCUACAACGAGCCACCCUACCAUUACGGUGGAAAAACCGCCUACAUCUCGCCCCACAAGUUUGGCCACGGAAAAUUUGACGUCCAUAAUGGUCUGAGCCACAACAGCCCGUGGAGAAAAAUCAUCAGAGUGCUGACGGCUGCCAUCCCCAUUGGUCUCUUUCUCGCUGCCCUGCCACCAAAUGUUGUCAACAUCAACGCAACACAAAGUGUGAAGCCUUUGGGAACAUUCCAAAAGCAGCGUUCAACUGAAGAGGGUCCUGUCAUUGAGAGCUUCCCCGUUUUGGACAUGAUUGAAAGUCGAGGCGGCCUCAGGGCAUUGGAAGACGCCGACUGCGAGGCCAAUUUGUUCUGCGAAAUCGCCAGACUCGGACGAGAGGCUAACGCCAACUCUGUGCAGAGAGGGUUCUGGAGCGUGGUCAAUGACACUCCUGACGCACUAAGUGAGCUGCUCGGCGUCAAGGAACUAUUCAAAGCAAUCAGAACAGACGCUUGCCAAAUCUACAAGUGCCCCACACAGAAGAACAAAGAAUAAACUUUGUUAUUUUAUUUAUUAGUGAUAUUAUUAUGUAUUAUUAAACUCAAUCCAAUGAAUUUAUAGCUCAAGAAAAACAUUCAAAAUGUGAUGUUAAAAAAACACAAAAAUUUCCAAUAUGCUAAAGAAAUUUUAAUAA